CAAAAUAUAAAAAAAAAUUAAAACGCACAGUAGCUGCGCAAUGGGAAAAAUUGGAGAGUGUGGCACGCAUGAUUCGUGAUAGCGAAUCGGAGCAACGUUCGUCGUGUAACCAGCAGUCAACCACAGUCGACUGCAGUCGACUCGUAAGUUUCGUAGAGUGUGGACAUUUUUUUGUUUGGUACCACCGUGUAUAAGAGUUUUUCCUAAGUUUCCUCAGCGAUCGUCGAUCGGCAACACGAUUUCUCGUGGUUAAAUUAAAUUUCUAACCGGGCCGCGUACCUAGAGCAUUGUGGUUCAGUGACCGCACGACGAAGGCGGUCGUAUGGUGAAAAUGUGAAGGAAACGCGACGGAGACGAUGUGAGUGAAUAUUCCGAUCAGUUUUAUCCUCGCGGAAGACUUAGGAGUGAGACACUAAACAGGCGUCUCAUGUUAAAGGAAUUUUUGGCAUAGCAAGACAUCGAGCGAGAAUGGACACACAAGGAGGAAUGUCGCGUAACACUGGUCCUGGACUCUAUGAGUUCUUGAUGGAGGCUGAGCUACAAGAAUAUUAUCCAGGAAUUCGAGGGGAUCUAAAGGUUCAGACAACAGCUCAACUUAAAUAUGUGACGGAAGAAGACUUGACUGCUAUUGGCAUGACUAAACCAGAAAUGCGUCGUUUAAAAAAGUACUUUCAAAAGCACUUUCCACAAAAUUAUUUAUCCAAAUUUAAGAAGAUGCUCCUCCCAAAACGGGAGGAGCAAACACCUGGCGCAUUGGGAAUGCUUCCUGAAGAGAGACAAGACAGACCACCUAUACGUGUUCCUAAUAAGCAUAUGAUUCCUGCCGAUGCAAUAAUUGUCAAUAAGGAAUUAGGAACAGGAGAGUUUGGUGUUGUGCAGCAAGGAGUAUGGACAAACGAUGGCGAGAGAAUUCAAGUAGCAAUCAAGUGUUUAUCAAGGGAGCGAAUGCAGAACAAUCCAAUAGAAUUUUUGAAAGAGGCUGCCAUAAUGCAUUCUAUAGAUCAUGAGCAUAUCGUUAGGUUAUAUGGUGUUGUAUUAGAUACAAACUCUCUAAUGCUAGUUACGGAAUUAGCACCACUUCGAUCGCUCUUGGAAUGUCUAAAAGAACCGAGCUUGCGAGCCAGCUUUCCCGUCCUGUCCUUAUGUGACUUUGCCGUACAGAUUUCAGACGGAAUGCAAUAUUUAGAAGCAAAGAGACUGAUACAUCGUGAUCUUGCUGCGAGAAAUAUCUUGGUCUUCUCAAAGAACAAAGUUAAAAUAUCAGACUUUGGCCUCUCACGAGCAUUGGGCGUUGGUAAGGAUUAUUACCAAACGAACUUUAAUGUAAAUUUAAAGCUUCCCAUUGCCUGGUGUGCACCUGAAUGUAUCUCCUACCUAAAAUUCACGUCCGCAAGUGAUGUUUGGGCCUACGGAGUCACACUCUGGGAAAUGUUCAGCUAUGGUUUUCAACCAUGGGCGGCGUUAACAGGUCACCAAAUUCUGGAAGCAAUAGACGAGCCUAAUUUUCAACGUCUGGAGCAACCGGAUUGCUGUCCUAAAGAUUAUUUCUCUCUUAUGCAACAAUGCUGGCAACACGAGCCGACUAAACGGCCAAAGUUCUCUGAAUUAAUAAAAUUACUUCCUGACUUGAAGCCAGAACAAGUGCAAGCUGUUCAGGAUAGUGCCGAGUCAGGUCAGCUUGCUUAUCGACAAGGAGACGUUAUCACGGUCCUGGACAAAGGCAGCAGCAAUACUCUUUGGAAAGGAGUACUGAAUAACGGGAAAACGGGAUUCUUUAAUCCGGCUCACACGAUAGCUUAUCUGGGAUUGAAUUUACCCAGUAAUAAACCUGGAGAGUUCACACGCGGUGACGGAAAGAAUGCUUUCUCUUCGCAACGCAGAAAGAUACGAACAGAUAUGAUUUCUUCACCGCAAGGUGACGUCAAGCAUACUGGUCAUGUUGGUUUGGACGGAGCUUAUUUCGGUGAUAUUAGCUUCCUGGGAGGAAAGUACCCACACUUGCCGAGACAAGUGGUAACACCAUACAAGCCGCAAGAGGAUGCCACAGAUAAUUCUAGUCAAGUUCUGAGUCAGGAUGGAAGGAGCGUAGUAGAUGCGGCAAGAGAAUCAAUCAGAGAAAGCAGAGACAUACAACAUUUGCAACAUGAUACGCAAAACAAGCACGAUAGCUUAUGGUCGGACACGAGUUCAGAGAUAUCGCAUCUUGGAACACUUGGACAUGCCGGCAAACGAUCCAUGUCUGCCAAUCUACCUGGCAGUACGGAUACUGUUGGCGCGGAUCAUGAAUACCAUGAGAUUAGCGACGAAGAGAAUCAGGAUAGCCCACUAAGAUUCGAUAAACCAUUGAAUUUCGAUUUUGGGCCUAGUCUUUUGGACGAGAUGGAUCAAAUGUUUAGAUCGUUGGGCUCUUCUCCGCCACCACCGCCACCAGGACAUCCACUACCCACCGAACACGAGUCUAGCAAUGCGAGAAAUGAACUCCGAGAGAUACAAGCAAAGCAAUGUAGUAAGAAGAAACAGGCCACCGUGAGUCCUAUAAAUGUGAAGCCUAUAUCAGCCUCCGAUCAGAAAACCCUCUACUCGGCCAUUGCAAUGGCACAGGAAUUGACGGCACGUUCCAUGACAGAUCUUGAGCAUCCACCGGAGUCUCCGCGAACACCUGCCAGUCCUUCGAGGCGCAGAAAAUUCUCUUUUAAGUUGCCACAUCAACACAGUCCAAAACCAGACAGACGACACUUUUCAGAGGAAGCAGCGAGUAUACCUGAUAUCCAGGCUACGUUGUCGGACGAGGCUAAGGAAGUGUACAACCGCCUGGUGGAAACACCGAGUAUAGAAACGGCAUCGGAUACAAAUCCAUUGCGUAUGUUGCGUUCGGGUCUUCCAAUCGUGAGGCCCAGAAUUCGUGGAAACAAGCACGCCACCCUGGGCCAUACCGUUUCCUAUCCGGAGGAGAUCUCGACCGAUCACAGUUCGCAGUUCGAGUUACACAACAGCGGCGCGAAGACACUGCCAAAAAUUCGUGUACCGCCACCGCCAAAUGCACCGCCGCCAAUACCCCAGACGCGUAAUUUGGAGAGGCAUAAUUCAGCUUCGGAAAUUGAGAACAAUCAGAAUCAGUUUAAUGUCGAUGAGAAUCCGAUACCUUUACCACCAAGAGAUCGGUCCAAGACACUGCAGCCAAAAUCAAAUCUUGCUCGACAUCAGAGAAAGCAUCCUCUUAUCAUUCCUGGCGGUGGAGUUACUAGGACAUUGGCAAAGAUGGCUGUUACCACACCACCUAUUGAGGAUCAGAUCGAUGGACACCAACCCUUUGCUAGUCAUGAUGUCAACAGCCAGCAACAUCACCAGGAAACUGGUACCAUCUCUGAGGAAAGCUGCUCACCUGAGAUCGCAGCCAAUAGCCCUGAGGAAUUUGAACAGCGGAUAGACUCUGAAUUAGCUGCAUUGGACUCACUGCCCAUCGAAGAGAAUAAGUUGCAUCGGUGCAGUGUCAUUUCUGAAGAUCUACUGGAGUUUUCAGAUAACUUGAUUGACUGCGAUGCUAUGGAAUCUCAGCAAAGUGCACUAGAACAUAGUGAGAAUAGACACUCGACUGAUUCUCCAAUUGUAAAUCAACUUCAAAGGAAGAUCAGUAUAGAAUCUAAGUGUUCGAUAAAGAGCUCCACCUCCAAGUGUCCGCAGGAUAACAUGGAGACUAGUGACAUAAGUAGAAAUUCUACUCCGACAAGUUUAAAUCGCUCUGAAGAAUCGAGCUUAUCCAGUAAAGUAGACACAUCGAAUUCAAGCCUAUCAGGCAGAUCACAAACAUCCGUUAACAGAGGAAACGCUUCUUUCGUUACACAGCCAAAAGCAUGUAACGUACCUUUGCAAAUUGAGCAUGUGCAUAAUGAAAAUUAUGCAUCAAAUUCAACGAACGUUCACGGUAACACUAUUCCAAGUAAUAUCGUUAAGACCCAGACACAAAUACUCCAGAAUCGCGACACCUUCGCGCAUUCUGCUCACGUCAAUCCUAACGAUGAUUUCCAUACGAAUAAUUCCUCGAAACCGCCACAGCGACAAUUGUCAAACGACAGAUCCUCCGCUCGUACCAGUGAUUUAUCUCGACAGUCCGAUCACGUAUCUUGCGAGGAUUUGUUGGAGUUUGCCUGUGAUGGUCCUAACGUACGUAGAACACGAGGUCCACGAAAUGGUGAACAGUCAGACGAAGUUAGAAUAAUGUUAAAAGUCCUUCACGAGCAAUCCACACCGGAAUCCUGUGUAGCUGCACUUAACGUCACUGAUUGGGACGUUCUGGCGGCUAUAAAAUUGGAGCGUCUUCAAGGAUUACUCAAGAAGGAGAAUAAUUUCGUUGGCCUUGAAGACUGCAAGGUGAUGCUCAGUCAAUGUGGCGGUGACGUUGUCAAGGCUGCUGCUCUUUUGAGAAACACGGACGAUACGGCUGCCGUUUAGAUCGGUAAUGCCGAACUUUGUGGAGAAAAUGAAGUAAUACUGAAAGUAUAUAGAAAUGUAUAGAAAUGUACAGAGUUUUUCACUGUACUCAUUACCGAGCAUUGAUAACGAUCCUUUCUGUACGUUAAUCGUUCCCGUUUUACUGGGAUCGAUGGUACUUCAUCCUUAAGAAGAGACGAAGCUAGAUGACUUUAACUUCGACAGCUUUGAACCAUAGGUCAAAUGACAUUUAGUUUAUUUAUUAUAUUACAUUGUUGUCGACGCGGAUGAAAAUUUGAUUCCUGUACUUCGUUCUGGCCAAUCUAUACGUAGAUUAUGGGACAUUGAAUGCUGAUCUAGUGUUCAUAAGGCCAAUUUCUUUUUUUUUUUCUUUUACAAGAAUGGUAAUGGUUUGCUUAUUCAAUGGAAGUACGACUAAUCAUCGAACCAUUUAACUUUAAUCUAUUUCCUACGUAAUGUGAUAGCGUAAACAAUAAUCCGAUCGAUGAAACGUAUUUUUCAUACUGUAUGGAAAAUACGUAAGGAUGCGUUCAUCGCGAUGCGCGACCGUACAUUCUUGUGCAGGGUAAUAGACUGCAUUUAUGUCACAGCAAUCAGGUGUUCUCUGAAAAAAUGAUUUAGUGCUUUUAGAUUCUCUUGACUGGAUUCCUUACAAAGAGCCGUAGUGUAAUGGUGACAUUAUCAUUUGUAUUCAGUCAGGUGUAUCUUGUCUUAAAAAGAAUAUUUUCUUACAUUAUUUCCAUAAAAUUUGGAGGAGUCUGUAAUAUAAUUACAAAUUAAAAGAAAGAAUCCUCAUUGUCGUACGUUGCAUUUAAGGUGAAGUUUUUAUACGGCAAAUCGUUUACAUGCAUAAUUGCACUUUGUCCAGCUGAGAGAUUGAUGCCACGUAUAUUUUAUAAUGAACUUUAAGUACUUCUAGUUGUAAGGAUCUGUGAUUUUUAUUUGAUGAAAUUUUGCCAAUGAAAGAUGCAUCAAUUAAAAGCUGUACUGUACAUAUAUUAACGUAAGGAUAUUGAUACACGGAUAUUUCUUCCCGUCUCUCUGUCGCUGAACUACGUGCAAAAGAAGCGCACAAGAAAUGCUCAUUAUACUUCUAAAGUCUCCUAUGUAUUUAAAAAUAUGAUCUGCGACAUAGCCAACAAUUUGAAAAUCGCUCGUACGUUACAAGUAAUCUUAAGAAUUUGUCAAAAGUUUGAAAAUCAUUAAUUAUACAAGCGUUACGUUAAGUGCAGCGAAUGUCAAACCUUUUGUAAAUGCUUUAUGUACAGUAACGAUAAUUUUAGGCAUCAAGUAUAAAAAGUAAUACUAGAAAAAUUCCAAAUAUCAUACAUCAAUCAUCCGAAGUACAUUUUUCGAUAGUAACAUGGUAAUUUAGAUAUGUCAAACCUUUGUUAACCAGCGUACGUUUAUUAGCUCUCUGCCUGAUGCGACGAAGCACGUUAUUUUCAUUCACAAAACAAAAAGAACUUCGUACAACGAAACCGUACUUCGUUUUUUCGUACUCUAAAUUUAAGUUUGUAUUUUUAUAUUAAUGUCAGAUUUCAAUAACGCCAGGGUCUACUCGUAUAUGAAUCUCGAUCGAACUUCCACCAGACAAUGAACCAAAAAUAUCUACGUUAUAUACACAAAAAAUGUUAAAAAGUCUUAAGGUCGUAUGCAAAUAACAAUGCAGUUGUACCGUUUUUUGUUAGCUGAUACACAUUAUUGCAUUAGCCGGCUGUGCAAUGUUUUUAAGACAUCCUGCAUAAAAAGAAUGAACGGCAAGAGGUAACGGACCAAAUUGCCACGGUCUUGUCUUCGAUAGAACAUUGUAGCAAGCAAGGCAAGAGAAUGAUCUUACAUUAAAAAAAAAAUUGCUCACUUUUGUUUUGUAGCAAAACAUAUAUACAUACAGGUAUAUAUGAUUUUUUUCCUUCAAAGGCUGAAACGAGCAAUAACAAAUUUACUAUUCUUGGCACAGGGGCAUGUCUAUUAUAUCUUUUAAUCGAAUCGUUCGAGCAAACCAAAAGAUUUACAAAAGAUAAAAAAUGUAAUUGCCUACAUAAUUUUAUUUUACUUAGCCUUACUAGAUAAGUAUAACGUAGGAUACGCUUUGAGAGCAUACAAUUUCAAAGCCAAUGUACUUAUGAAAUCCACAAAACUUGUACUUGAAAAGCUAUAUGCUGAAAAAAAUACCUUUUCUAAAUCGUUACGAUACUUUGAUGUAGGUUGGGAAAAAUAUAACGAAACAUACUUUAUUUAUAAUAUAUUAUUGUAAGUGUAUAUCUUCGUAUAUUUCUUGAUAUGCGGCGUACAGUAUCGGUCAAUGCACGAAAUAGAAAAUGAUUAACGAAAUAGCAUAUAGUCAUCGGGUACAGGAGGAUAGAGAAGAGAAUGUAGAAAGGAAAGAGAAAUGAGUCUCGUUCGUACGACUAGCAAGAAUUAUCGAAAUUCUUUUCCUGAUUAAUAAUAAAGCGUAUGUAAGUCCCAA